CGGUUGUUAUGCAGAGGGUUCCCUGGGACGCCUGAGAGCUCUCUGAUUGGUGGAAGGCAACCGGAAGCAUUGAUGCGUCAUCCCUCUCUCGGCUGCUCAGCUGCAAAGCGCGCGAGGACAGGAGUGUUGUUAACUGUGUAUAGAACAUGUCGAAAAGGAAGAGCAGUAAUUCAGGAGCCACACCUGAUAAGAGAAGUCGACUUUCUCAGCCCGGAUCGUCUCAAGAUGAGGAUGAAAUCGGCUUCUUCAGUUCAGGAGAUUCAUUGCCCUCCUCACAGAGUGCCUCCGGUGAGGUAGGAAUCAUAGAGAGUAUCUCCCUGAAGAACUUCAUGUGUCACUCACUUCUCGGACCUUUUUCAUUUGGCCCAAAUGUCAACUUUGUUGUUGGAAACAACGGAAGUGGAAAAAGUGCCGUUCUGACAGCUUUGAUUGUGGCUCUGGGUGGUAAAGCUCACACCACCAACCGAGGCUCUUCUCUUAAAGGUUUUGUGAAAGAGGGAGAGAGCUCUGCAGAUGUGUCUAUCACUCUAAGUAACAGGGGUCGUGAUGCGUAUAGGCCAGACGUGUUUGGACGAUCCAUCGUCAUAGACCUUCGCAUAUCCAGCGAGGGGGUUAGAACAUAUAAAAUCAGAAGUCAAACAGGUCACAUUGUGUCAUCAAAAAAGGAGGAGCUGGUUUAUAUUCUGGAUCAUUUUAACAUCCAGGUGGACAAUCCAGUCUCCAUUCUUACCCAGGAAAUGAGCAAACACUUCCUUCACUCCAAAGGAGAGGGGGACAAAUACAAAUUUUUUAUGAAAGCCACUCAGCUUGAUCAGAUGAAAGAAGAUUACAGCUACAUCAUGAAGACCAAAAACAUGACCCAAAAUUCAGUGGAAAAGCACAAGGAGACCCUUGAUGAGCUAAAGAGGAAGUUGGUUGAGAAGGAGGAGCGUUUUAAAAGUUUGGCAUCACUGGAUGAAAUGCAUCAGAAGUUGGAUGAGCUAAAGAAUCAGAUGGCCUGGGCUCUGGUGACAGAGGUGGAGCGUGAGAUUCAGCCUAUGAGAGAACGAAUCGCAGCAGAGGAGAAUUCCAACAUCAAAUAUGACCAAAAAGUGGAGGAGUGGGAGGGAAAAGUUCAGGAGGCCAGCAGGAUAUUCAAACAGUUACAGGAUCAGUCGGAUGGGAUAACCGAGCGGGUGGAACAGCUACAGCCGCAGUGCACUAAGCUGAAGACUCGAGCGCAGGAGGGCAACCGACAUCUUAAAGCAGCAGAGGCUGGACUUCAUCAGAAAAAGAUCAACUUGAGAGACCUUGAGAAAGAUAAAGAUCAGCUGAACAGACGAAUCAAGGAACUCAAAAGCAGUAUCGAUCAGAUAAAGUCAGCUGACACUCAGGCACGUAUGAAGAAAAUAGAUGACAUUCAGACUGAGCUGCAAGAUCUGGGCUGCAAUGACAGCACUUUGGCUCAGCAGAUCGAGCAGUUCAGCCAAGCAUGUAAUGCUGAUCAGGAAAAGCUGGGUAGAAUGAGGCAUGAGCAGCAGGACCUGCAGCGUGCAGCGGAGGCCAAGCAACGUGACCUGGCUGCUAUGGAGGGCAGUCGAAGCGACCGCCUUCGUCGUUUCGGCGAGCAGAUGCCUGGACUUUUGAGGGCUAUAGAUGAGGCCCAUCGCAGGGGCCAUUUUAAGAAGAAACCUGUUGGACCACUCGGUUACUGUAUCCGUUUGCGGGAUCCGGAUUUGGGUCUUGCAGUGGAAUCUUGUCUGAGGGCUCUAAUGUUGUCUUUCUGCUGUGAUAACCACCAAGAUGAGAAAGUGCUGCAAAACAUUAUGAAAAGCUGCUUCCAGCAGGGCAGGAGACCCCAGAUCAUUGUCAGCUCAUUUACAGACAGAGUCUAUGACGUCAGCAGCAAAGCUGUAAGUCAUCAGGAAUACCCAUCAGUGCUCCAGGCUCUUGACAUUGAGAAUCCAGUUGUUGCCAACUGCCUGAUUGACAUGAGAGGAAUAGAAACCAUUCUACUCAUCAAGAACGCUAAAGAUGCACGGAGAGUCAUGCAGGGUGGACACCCACCACGCAACUGCAGGGAGGCUUUCACCCGCGAGGGGGACCAGGUUUACAAUAACCGAUAUUACUCAUCUGACCAGCACAGAGCUUCCUACCUCAGCAGAGAUGUUGAAGAGGACAUCAGACAUUUGCAGUCAGCUUUGCACGCUCAGAGAACGCAAUUGGAACGCUUUCAGGAGGAGAUGCGGAGAGUCGGUGAGGACGUAAGGCAGAACAAAGCUCAUCUUGACCGAGCCUAUAUAGACCGCAAAAACGUUCAGGAACGUUGUCGGAAACUUGAGGCAGAAUUGACAGAGUUGCAAAACAUUGAAGAGCCUCAGCUGGAGGACUUGAGACCUUUGGAGGAGGAGUUGGAAGAGCUUGUCAGCCGGAUAAGCGUGUGUCGGGAGGAGUUUGAAGCGGCACGUAAGCAGAUGCUCAAUCUGAAGAAGGAAUAUGAGGAGGCUGAUCAGCUUUAUCGUCAGCAGAGGGAAGCUAUUAGCCGAAUUUCGGAGGAAGCUGAACCUGUAAAGGAGCAAUUGCGUAACAUUGACCAGGAACUGGCGAGAAGUAAACACCACAAAAAACACUACGAAGAGAAACGCAAAAGUCACAUGGACAUGAUUGCGGGUCUAAAGAGAAGUUUGCAUGAGAAGGAGCAGGAGUUACAGGCUUCCAUGGCGAAAGCCUCAGAAAUCUGCUCUGAGCGUAUAGAGGUGAGAAGAACAGCCAAGAGUUUGGACAGUGAGAUCAGCCGCCUCAAAAACAAGAUCAACACCCAGCAGGACCAGCAGGGAGACAGGGACAUGAUUGUCAGGCAGUACCACGAUGCAAAAGAAAACUACAACAAUAUCGCUCGACAAGUGAAGGGUCUGUUAGGUUUUAUCCAACAUUUAACUCAGAUCAUGAACACAAGACAAGAUGUCUACAUUCAGCUAAGAAAGUAUCUUUCUGUGCGCUGUAAAUACUAUUUUGACUCCAUGCUGUUUCAGAGAGGAUACAUAGGGAAAAUGACCUUUGACCACAAGUCUGAAGCUCUCUCCAUUUCAGUUCAGCCAGGAGAGGGUGGUAAGGCCGCUCUGAGUGACAUGCGCUCUUUAUCUGGAGGAGAGCGGUCGUUUUCGACUGUGUGCUUCGUCCUGUCACUGUGGGCCAUAGCGGAGUCUCCAUUCCGUGCUUUGGAUGAGUUCGACGUUUAUAUGGACAUGGUGAAUCGCAGGAUCUCCAUGGACAUGAUGCUGAAAAUCGCGGCCAGCCAGCGUAACCGGCAGUUUAUUUUUCUCACUCCGCAGAGCAUGAGUUCCCUGCCGGUCAACUCUCUAAUCCGUAUUCUGCGACUGAAUGACCCUGACCGCAGCCAGUCGCUUCCCUUCGGUCAGAGGAACCCAGAUUGAAGUUUCCCUCUACUGUUUGUCCUGUGUUUAUAGGUUUGCUUUGAGGUUUCUUUCGGAUGAGUUUUCCUAAUAGGCAAGGCAAUUUAUUUUACAACAUCUUAAUGACACAAUAUUUUUAAUGACACAGACAAUUUUUUUUUUGCACAGCCCUACUUGUGCAUAUUGUGUCAUUAAGAUAUUGUAAAAUUAAUUGCCUUGCCUAUUAGUAAAGAAACAUAACGCAAACUUUUGGGGUUUUUUUGCCCAGCCCUAUGCACAAGGCAAUUUUCAGAAGAUCGUUGUUUACAUUUCUGCACUUUACAGUUGUCUGUUGCAUAAAGGCUUUUAUGGGAAUUAUGUUAGUUUUCUUCUAAUGUUAUUCAUAAUUAAUGAUGCAUAUAUAUUUACAUACUCAUAUCUGUUUUAGUUCUCCAUCACCAGUUUGAACAUUUCUAUGCUCUACUAGAAAUUUUACAGGUUAUAGAGUUAAUGUUUUCUGAGUUCAAUGUAAUGCAAUGACAUUUGCAUUUAAACAGUAACAAAUGUAAACCUAAGAUUGUAAUAGUUAUGAUUUACAGUUACAUAACUGAAAGUGAAAGCACUCGAAUGUAAUUUUAAAAUGUUAUUUUUAUUUCAAUUUUCAAUGUUUUAUAUUUUAUUUUGAAUUUAGGAGUAUUUAAAAGGAAAUUAAAAUUGUUUCCUAUUUGAAAAGAAAA